AUGUUCGGGGGGGUGGCCCCGGGUUCAAACGCGCCACCGGAUGUUCCCAAGGCAAGCGCCCGUGAAACGCGCUCCCUCAUAGGUCUUGACCCCUCCUCCCCGAGGCCAGUAUGUCAUCCUGGGCGCAGAGGAUUGACCGUCCCGAACCCGUCGCUAAUCCACGCCCCCUUAAUCCAUGUUCGCGAUCGCCUGAUCCUCCUAUCCCCAAACCACAGGAGCUUUGUUCUUGGGACCCCCCACACUGCAAUUUCGUACCCAGAAUCGACCCACGCCCCCCUCCUGGCCCCCCUCCUGGCCUCGGCAUCCCCAAACCACGAAAGCUUUGUUUUUGGCACCACCCACCCCGCAAUUUCGCGCCCAGAAUCGACCCGCGCUCCCCUCCUGCCCCCCCCCUCCCUGGCGGCCUGGAGAUGGCCCCUUCUGGGCCGAAGUUGGGCAAAAACGCCGGGAUCGAACAGCCAUCAACCCGCCCGAAGCGCGUGGGAGGUCGUCGUCGACGUCGUUCCAGGUGGACGAGCAAGGGCCGUUCCCGAUAGGCGGCCAUGCACCCAUGGGGUGAUACCUAAGCCUCUCCAGCACACGGCGGCUCGAGUAGCCCCCCCCUGUGGCGAGGGCGAGGGCGAGUCGAAGACGGUCGCCGUCAUCGGAGGCGGCCUCGCUGGCCUGGCCUGCGCCAAGUACCUCGUCGACGCAGGAGCGAGCGAAAGUUGCCUGUGGAUGCCGAGAGGCCACAAGCCCGUGGUGCUGGAGGCGCGGGACCGGCUUGGCGGCAAGGUGUCGGCCUGGCAGGACGAGGACGGCGAUUGGAUCGAGACUGGCCUGCACAUCUUCUUCGGCGCCUACCCCAACAUGAUGAAUCUGUUCUCCGAGCUGGACAUCGAGGAGCGCCUGCAGUGGAAGCGUCACCAGAUGAUCUUCGCCAUGCAGGAGCUGCCCGGGGAGUUUACCACCUUCGACUUUCUGGAGGGAAUCCCCGCGCCAUUUAAUUUCGGCCUGUCGAUCCUACUUAACCAGAAGAUGCUCACGCUCCCCGAGAAGCUGCAGUGCGCCCCCGCCCUGCUGCCAAUGCUCAUCGAGGGCCAGAAGUUCAUCGACCUUCAGGACGAGAGGUCAACUCUGGAGUUCAUGGAAAAGUACGGCAUGCCCGACAGGAUCAACACUGAGGUGUUCAUCGCAAUGGCCAAGGCGCUCGACUUCAUCGACCCGGACAAGCUCUCGAUGACCGUCGUGCUCACGGCCAUGAACCGGCAGGUUCACGACGAGGGCUGGCUGCUCCAGGGCAACCAGACCUUGCGGCUCUGCGAGCCGCUCAAGGAGUACAUCGAGGCUCGCGGGGGUGAGAUUCGCUGCGGUGUCCCUCUGGACUCUAUCGUCACCGAGGAGGACGGCUCCGUGAAGCACUUCUUGAUGCGGGGCGGGGAGGUGGUCACGGCGGACGAGUACGUCACCACGGUGCCUUGUGACAUCAUGAGGCGAAUCCUGCCGAGGGCGUGGUCGACGAUGCCCUUUUUCCGCCAGAUCGACCAGCUCGAGGGCAUCCCGGUGAUCAACAUACACCUCUGGUUCGACCGCAAGCUCCUCAAUGUCAACCAUCUCUGCUUUAGCCGCAGCCCCUUGCUCUCCGUGUACGCCGACAUGAGCACCUGCUGCAAGGAGUAUUACGACGAAGACAAGUCGAUGCUGGAGCUCGUCUUCGCGCCGUGCUCGCCCCUCGCUGGUGGAAGUGUCAACUGGAUCGCCAAGUCUGACGAGGAGAUCGUCGAGGCGACCAUGACGGAGCUGGAGCGGCUCUUCCCCACCGAGAUCGGCUCGCACCUGCCAGGAGGAGGCGCCAAGCUGCGCAAGCACGCCGUGGUCAAGGUGCCCCGCAGCGUCUACGCCGCGAUCCCGGGCAGGAACAAGUACCGGCCUUCGCAGGAGACGCCCAUCAAGAACUUCACGCUCUCAGGCGACUGGACCAGCCAGAAGUUCCUGGGCAGCAUGGAGGGUGCCGUGCUGUCCGGGAAGCUGGCCGCCGAGGUGAUUGCCUGCAAGGCGGCGGGGCAGCCGACGCAGGGUCUGAAAGAGAUCGAGCCCCACAUUCUCAGCCAGAGCUUCGAGCCGCGGGACCCCAAGGUCAUCAAAGGCAACGACGCGAUCAAUUUUGGCGGGGGACAAGUGCUUGGCAACAAGUUCAAGGCAAAGUUGGAAGAGCAGGACGCUGCGCAACUGGUCCCCGCGUGAGGCGACGGCGCGAGACGGCACUGCUCCUUCAAUCACUCCUCGUUUCCAGGCGAGCUAUGUUUAGUGGUUUCACUGCUGAGUUUUUCAACCUAUCCUCUGCAAAGGCGCCGAGCUGUGUCUCGAGCCUCAGUUUUCUUCGGCCAAGCAGUGCAGUUGGACAGUCUCUUCAGGACCAUCUCGUCGCGGGCAUCGUCACGGCAGACACGGGUAUCCUUGCCGCUGCCACGUGCAUCCACGGCGAGCGCCAGGCCACCGCCCUCUGUCGGCAGUGCGAAAGUUGCCUGCCCGCGCGCGGCACUUCCAACUUGCAUGCGGCCCUGGGGCCCCUCCUCAGCGCGGUCAGCGCCUGCAGCUCGGAGGGCCCCCGCGCGUGUUCGCGGGCAGUCGGCGGCGCGGUUCCUGCCUGCCCGAAAA